CUACAUCCAGUGGUCGGGGAAUUCCUCAUUAUAUGACAUAUACUGAGCGUUUAGAUAACAAUUAUGCAAUAGUAAUAGCAAGUACAAUAGUCAAGAAACAUGGACUUCUCUCAACCAAAUGCUGGAACAAGAAAUUCAGAGCAAAGUAGUAUACAGGGAGAAGUACCAGACACAAUUGCUUCGCGUACCGAUGAAACGGUAGAAACCAUCAGACGGACUCAGGCAGAUGAUGGAGAGACAGAGGAGAUCGACGUGGAAGUCGCCACCGUGAGCAAAAUGAUAAAUGCUGAACAUGCCAAUAGGAUACAAACACGACAUCAGGCACGGAAGGUUCAGUGGGUACAUCUGAACUCGGAAAGAGUAAAAAAGGUGUUCAUCCGAACCAGAAACAGGAAGUUUCUAACGGUCAGGAAUGACACCAUCGUCGGGGAAGAGAUGGGCGAAGACAACAAGAGAGAUUAUCUGUUUGAUUUGGUGCCAGGGACAGCAGCAUACGCAAGCAAGUAUGCACGGUUUACACCUAAAAGAGUGAUUUGCUGCAAGAUUCGUUGGAACGCAUACUGGCUAAAAACGAGGUUAGGGAGUGAUGGGGAAUUCAACAUGGAAUUGACUGUAAAUGAUACUGAUAACGACCAUUCUACUGUGUUCAAACGUCGAAUGGACCGUAGUGGAACCGGAUUUGAAUGCCUGCUGUUCAAAAAUGUAUACCUACAAUACUAUCCUAGUAGAAAUGAGGUGGAUGUCAAGCCCUACAAUCCGCGAAUGAACAUCGGUGUAACUCUUAAAGCUGUUCCGGCGUCUACUCUCUUCCACGUAUUCGAAGAUUCGGUGAUGAUGGGUCGUACCCCUGCUAUCCUGUCGAAUACCAAUACAACUGUGGGGUGUAGCGCUAACACAGACCAAUAUGAAGAUGAUGCAGCACCAAGUUCCUGUUUCCAAUUCUUCACGAAACGAUUCUCUCGCUAAGACAAAGGUGAGUGAACCCAGUUUCCGAUCAAACAAAAUUGAUGGGAAGGACGGGAACGGAUGAUGUCAUGAUCUCGCAUUGUUGUAUUUUCAUUGUAUCUCUUUUUUAAAUAAUAAAAUAAGUGUAUUUUU